AUGACCGUGAUUGAGAUCAGCCCGUGGAUUAAUCUAAACGGAACACUGGCCAUCCGCUGUCAAUUAUUGGGGCUUAUCAGGAUCAGAGAAGCCUACACAUUCGGAUCAGACAUCGGCAACCCCCUCUCAGUGAUGGAGGCACCCUCCCUUCAGUCCCUGCAGACACAUUAUGCAUCUCGCUUGAAACAGUUUCAAAACUCGAACCAUAACUUUGAGGUUCUGGCCUCCAUCACCCACAACUCCCAUGACGCUGCUGCAAGCCCCGACGUCUUGUACGUGCUCGACUCCUCUUUCAACCCACCAACUCUUGCCCAUCGUCGGAUCGCCUGCUCGGCUUUGUUAGAGACUUCUAGUGCAUCUCCACGACUUCUCUUGCUCCUGGCGACUCAGAAUGCAGACAAGCCAUCUAAGCCCGCCUCUUUCGAGGACCGUCUCACCAUGAUGGACCUAUUUGCCCGCGACCUUCUUUCCCAUUUGCAGGCUACAAGCCCUGCAAACAACCGUCACACCCUUUCAGCAGUAGACGUGGCCGUCACGAAAAAGCCAUAUUUUGUGGACAAAGCCGCGGAGAUAGAGAAGGCUGGGGUUUACCCGCAGUCGCUCGAACAAAUUCACCUCACAGGAUACGAUACCCUGAUUCGCAUAUUCGAUCCCAAGUACUACCCUCCAGAGCAUACCCUGAAGUCCUUGGAACCCUUCCUUUCCCAGCAUCGCUUACGAGUGACAUUGCGCCCUGAUAGCAGCUGGGGGAGUCGGGAUGAGCAGGAGGCCUUCCUGCGGGACUUGGCGGAGGGAAGGAAAGAUGACAUAGGCGGUAAGCGGGAAUGGGCCCAGCGAAUCCAGCUUGUGGAGGGGAGGAAACCAGGAGCACCAUCAGUGAGCUCAACCAAAGCCCGAGAAGCAGUCACCGCAAACCCUCAGGGCCUGGAAUGGUUAGUCCCGUCGAACAUACAGGAGAUGAUUCUGUCGGAACAACUAUACGCGAACUAG